AACUGCAAAGAUCUCAUACUUUAGAGAUGAAGAUGAUAAACCCAAGGAGAUAAUCCAGCUGCUGGCAUUGUACAACUGAAAGAUCCUUUGUGUCAAAAUGAGCAGUCUUUGAGAAAAUACUGGAAAACCAUUAAAUCUGAGAAAUGGGAGAACGACUAAGGAGCCCAGAUUCUGAACACGACAGGAAAUCAGAUGGAGAUAAACAUAGUGACUCCUAUUAUUCAGAUGAAGGUAGUGCAUCUCAUUCAUCUGGCCAGUCACCAACACUAACAUCUACAAGCCAGGAAAAAAGAGAGCACAAAACACAAACUUCAAACAGCCUCGUGCACUACCAAGCCACAAAGAAAUUGGAUUCCAAAUAUGCACCAAGCAAAAGAGGGACACGGUGGGGCUUCCGUUCUCAGAGCUUCACAAGGGAUUCUCCUGCAAAAGAUAUAGAUCUUGUUACAAAAAGAGUUCUUUCUGCUAGGCUGCUGAAAAUCAAUGAGCUCCGAAAUGAACUGACUGAACUUCACAUCAAACUAGAUGAGCUGCAGAAAGAAAACAGGGCACUGAAGAGGCUUCAGCACAGGCAGGAGAAAGCCUUGAAUAAGUUUGAAGAUACAGAAAAUGAAAUCUCUCAGCUUCUUGCUCGGCACAACAAUGAGAUUAGAAUAUUAAGGGAGCGUCUACGGAAAUCUCAAGAGAGAGAACGUGCAACUGAAAGACGGCUGAAAGAUUCGGAAGAUGAACUGUACAGAACAAAAACUGCCUUGCAGAAACUGAAAAAGCUGUCUGCAGAUAAGCACCUUGCUGAAAGAGAUGACCUGGCAAAGAAACUAGCCUAUGCAGAGAGCAGGCUAGAGGACAGUGAAAAAAGAAUUAAGGAUCUGGAAAAAAAUCUUGAAUUAAGUGGCAGCAGUUUUCAACGAGAGUUACAAUCAAAGAAAAAAAAGAUCUGUGAGGCUCGAGAAAUAAACAGAGUUCUCCAAGAAGAGCUUCAACAACUAAAUCAGAAGCUGAAGGAAAAAGAAAGAGAACUUGAAGCAAAAAAUAUAUAUGCUAAUCGUAUGUUGAAGCUAUCACCAAGAAAAGACAUGGAUAUUAUACAGAGAAAGAGAGCCAACAACCAAAAUAUUAAGAAGGGAGUACAGCUCACAAAAGGUGUACAGACCAGUGGAUACUUCUCACCGGUAGAAUUACUUCCGGAAUCAGAACUUGUCCGUGGUGGCACAGUAAACAAGAAAGAAGGGAUUCUUCCUAAAAUAGAAAAAGAAACUGAAGACACAGGAUGGAAGGAGCAAGCAGACCUCAACAAACAAGUCCAAGACAGGGAAACGGAAGAGAAACUGAAGUGUUUUCAGGAAAUACAGGUUUUAGAGGAGAGGAUUCAAAAACUUCAUGAUGAGUGGGAAAAGGAAGAAUAUGACAAAAUGAAAAAAGAAAGCAGCUUUUUAUUGGGUAAAGAAGAGAAAACAAAGAUGGAGACAGAAAUCCAAAAACCCGAAGUCGAGAGAGAGAGCACUGAAUUUUUUUUAGAGCGGCAAAAAAGAGAGCUCCUGCUUGCUAAAAUGCAAGAAAUUGACAGAGAAACUCAAAAUGUAACAAGCACGAAACCUGUUUCCCCAGCACCACUCAUAAAUACAGCAAGAAAAUCUGAUUUCCUGGAGAAAAAAGAAAAAACUAAUCAAUUCUUUGGGAUUCCUGGGAAGGUUACAAAUGGAUUUCCUCUAGAUAACACCCAGGAUGAUGCCACAAGAGCAGAAGGGCAGAAACAACAAAAUCCAAGGACCAUAGAUUUAAGUAGUGAGUUAACAUUUGGUAGUUAUGUACCUUCCUUUGGGAAAGGAUCAGGGAGGCCAAGUUGGCUUACUCAGAAAAGCAUCACCUCAGAAGAAAAAGUUAAGGAAAAUGCAGAUUUCAAUAGCAAGAAAGAAAAGUCCAACUUAAUGGAACAACUCUUUGGAAGCAGUGCCAGUACCAAUGUUCUUUCUAAAAGUAACAACACACCAUUUGACAUAGAUUGGGACUCCAGUAGUACUCUUCUUGCUGAUAAAAGAAGUAAAGUCACAGUAAAAGAAGACAAUGAGCUUUUCAGUGAAGGGAGAAACCUACACAGACACCGUUUGCAACACACUACAAGAAAGCCAGGAAUUCAGACCCUUGGUUCUUUAGAAGAUGAAGUCGAAGACAUAAUCUUACAGUGA